CCCACUUCCAGCAAACAGAGGAUGCCCAUGAAACCAGAAAACCAAACGACAGUCUCAGAAUUCCUCCUCCUGGGACUCUCAGAAAAGCCAGAGCAUCAGAACCUCCUUUUUGGACUCUUCCUGUCCAUGUACCUGGUCACUGUGCUGGGGAACCUGCUCAUCAUCCUGGCCAUCGGCACAGACUCCCACCUGCACACGCCCAUGUACUUCUUCCUCUCCAACCUCUCCUUGGUUGACAUCUUCUUCUCCUCCACCACUGUCCCCAAGAUACUGGUGAACAUCCAGUCCCGGAGCAGAGCCAUCCCUUUCGCAGGCUGCCUCGCCCAGAUGUACGCCUUCCACCUCUUUGGGACCAUGGACAGCUUCCUCCUGGCCGUCAUGGCUAUAGACCGGUUGGUGGCUAUAGUCUACCCUCUGCACUACUCAGUCCUCAUGAGCUCCCGGGUCUGUGGGCUAUUGGUUGGGGGGUCAUGGCUGGUCACCAACCUCCAGUCCCUGGUUCACACCUGCCUCAUGGCUCAACUGACCUUCUGUGCCAGCUCCGAAAUUCCCCAUUUCUUCUGUGACCUCAUGCCCCUGCUGAAGCUCUCCUGCUCAGACACGCAUGUCAACGAGCGGGUGGUCUUUGCUUUUGGCAUCAUCAUGGGCAUCGGUCCGCUCUCCUGCAUCCUCCUCUCUUACAUCUGCAUUUUCCGAGCCGUCUUUAGGAUCCCUUCUGCGCAGGGCAAGUGGAAAGCCUUCUCAACUUGUGGCUCUCACCUCACCGUGGUAUCGCUGUUCUAUGGGACCAUCUUUGCUGUGUACUUACAGCCCGCAUCCCCCACCUCCUCCCAGAAAGACAAGGCAGCUGCGUUGAUGUGUGGGGUGGUCAUCCCUACGCUGAACCCUUUCAUCUACAGCCUAAGGAACAAGGACAUGAAGGCAGCCCUGAGGAAGCUGGUUGGCAGAGUAGCCUCCUCCUGGUCUUAG